CUCACCUUUUUACACCGUUUUCCACACCAUGAGCGUCUACCAGAGAUAUGCCUCAGGAGACCACGACGAGCAGUUCUUCUCAGGCCGAGGCUCGACACCUCCCAUAGACGGACUCAACCAUUCCAUCGACUAUGAUCAAGAAGAAACCGAAAACAGCCGCGAAAAACUGCCACCAACUGAACCAGUGCUGCCCAUUGUACUCCAUCCACUUCUGGGCCAUUUCGACGAAACGGUUCCCUUGAGCUCGCUUGUUUCUGAAGAAAAAUGGCUAGAUCUCUCCUCGAAGGCAGCGUAUUUCCAGGGCUACGACCAUUUGGUUUUUGGUCAUGUAGUUACCAUAGUAUUCCAACAUCUGAAAACCAAUAAAAUCAGUACCAAAUCUAUAACAAAAUACGGGAUCCUGACCUACGACAAUAUCAUCCUAGACUCAAGACUGAGAUUUUGGCCCCUGUGCGAGAACUUGUUGCCCGAAUACCAGAAGUCUAAUGUGCGCAGAGCUCUAGCCAUCACCAACUUAAAAAACUAUAGUAGACUCAUUAACAACUCGGCUCUUCUUGAAAUCGACAAAAACAAGUGGGAUGAGACGGUAGCUGGCGAAUUGGCCAAUUCUAUGCAACUUAUGGGUGAAGUUCAAACUCCACAGGACUUGGGUGCAAAGUUGCUACAACUCGGUCUUGUACAACUACACAAGAUGCCAUCAACCGUGAUUGACGUUGUCUAUGAUAAUUCACCACAAACUUCUACCCCUCAGAUUGUCGAAGAAAACAACAAAUUAGUCUACUUAAUCGGAGAACAGCUUGAGCAGCUCUUUGAUCCCCUUCUCGAGUAUUCUCCAGAAGCUAUGCAAAUUAGCUAUGCGGUACCUGAUGCUGGAAAUCAUGUUCUGCCUCUUGUUAGCAGCGAAAAGAUUGACUCUGUAAUUUCCGAAUUGAUUACGGUACAGACCAACUUCACUAUGGGGUUGGUCAACUUACUUCAGGACUUCAUUAUUCCAUUGAGAAUAAGCGUCUUGUCGUCAGAAGCAAAUUCUGGAAUAGCGAAAUUGAAUAGUGUGUUCCCACCUACAAUCGAUGAGAUCACUAGAAUCAACUGUAUUUUCCAUGAUGCUUUGGGUAAGGCUCAACCCUUUGGUUAUGUCGAAGUAUUCAAAGUCAUCGGUUUGAUCUUACCUUACUUCUAUAAGGCAUUCAUCAGACAUGAGGCAAACUUGAAGAACUUCCCUCUGAAACUUUCCAAGUUCAGCCACAAGUACAAGAAUAAGGUUUUCGACAAUCCUGAGAUCAACAAAGGCUCAUUCUCACUUCGUGAGAUCGAUUCGGUCGUUAAUGGCUCAUUGCUUGAAUUGCCCAAAAUCAAGCUAAUCUUGAGAAGAAUGUACAUUUCCAUUCAAUCUGAAAAGGAAGAUUUAAGAGGCACAAAGGAAGAUGAGGAAGACAAGAUCAUCAACGAAUCAUUCGGAGCAGCCAUUGACAUCAUUGAUGCUUUUGGAGGAGCUAAUUCUUUCUCCAAUUCUGAAGCUGUAGAAGAACGUCAAAGAAUAUUCACUCCUACAGGUAAGAUCUUGACUCAAUUGGCCACUAAAUGGCCAGCUGAACUUCAGUACGGUUGGUUGACAAGAAAGGUUGUGGGUAUCUUUGAAUUGAGACAUGUUUGCCCCAAGCAAGGUUCUUUACAAGAUACUGAGGUUUUGAUCAUAUUCUCUGACCAUCUUGUCUUCUUGACUGUAGUUGAUGAUUCUUACUACGUCAAGCGAGACGAUAAGUCCCGGAAUAAGAAGAUUUCCAUUUCAGAUAUCUUGAUGCAUUCCUUGAUUAACGAAAAACCAUUGCCCAAGUUAUCGCUGUUUCCAUCCAUGGAGGUCAGUGCUUGGUGUGAAAUUAAUGAUGUUGUAGUCAGUUCGUACAAGGCACCAACCAUGAUCCUUACUGAUUCACAACCCGCUACCGGAUGCCUGGGUGAUUUCCUUCGUUUCUUGAAUAAGACAUCUUCAGGUUAUAACACUUCCAACAAAGAUAUCCUGUUCAGCAGAAUAUAUGAGGUUGUAGGCGGUUCAAAAAGCAACAGUCAACAAUCCGGAAUUAACAUCAUUGAUCUUGUUAGCAAAUCUAAGAUCUUGCACAAGAGUCAGCCUUUCCACUUGUUCAAGUCCAAGACUAUGGGAUUAAAUGUUUAUUCAACAGCUCAUGAUUUCGAAGCCUACCAACAGGAGACUUGGAAAUCUCCAUUCGCCAUGUUCUUGAACAUUUCAUUCAGCGACCCUUACGAAUAUUUUGAGAAGAAUCCAGAUUUGUAUCUUCUUAUCAAUGCUUCAUUUCUCACUGAUGACAAGAUCCAAUUGAUAGCAUACAACCGUCAAAAGACCAUUAAGACAAGUAAAGUGAUCCCAGCUUCUGAUUUGCAAGGUUCUAUUAGGGAAAUGAUAUAUCACUCUUAUGAAUCAAUAUUCAGUUCUUACAAUGAAAUUACCCAAUCUCUCGUGAACAGUAAUGCUGACGAAUUGGCCCAUUUUGUUGAUGUGUAUCCAAUUUACGACAGAGAAAAGUUGAAGAGUGAAUAUCUAGAAAGAAUUGAAUCUGAAGAAAAGGCUUAUGACAAGAAGGAUAAAGGUAAAAAUGUUAAGAGGCAUUCAAAGAAAGCUUCAGCUGCCAUUUCACUACCUGAUGAUUAUAUCGAUCAUAUUGCUGGCCAUAAGGCGGAAGAGCUUCCAAUUGCGGAAGAGGAAGAAGAAGAAGAAGAAAAAGAGAAAGAGGCUAAGGCCAAUGAGUCAUCAAAGGCUAAAUCCAAAGAGAUUCAACAACAACAGGCUGUCCCAUCCGUUUCGAUGAAAAAUGUCAAAAAAAGGAAAUCUCUCCUUCAGAAGAUUUUCCAUCCAUUCAAGAAGAAUCAUGAAAGACAAGCCAAUGCUGUACCCUUGCUUAGACAGCCAACUACAGAAUCCGAUAGAGAAUUUACUACUUCGUUCAUUCCUAAGGGAAAUAAGCAGAAAUUCCAGAAUAUUUAUAAACCUGUUCCAGAAUUGGUUGAAAAGGAA